AUGCAGACUGCUUCUACAAACAUUUGUGAAAGACUGUGCAAUAAGUCCAUCUGUGAAAUUUCCUUGCUACUAAAUAUUCCACGAUCAACUAUUAGUUGUAUUACAACAAAGUGAAAGCAACUGAGAACAACAGCAACUCAGCCACGAAGUGGUAGACCAUGUAAAAUGACAGACUGGGGUCAGUGCAUGCUGAAGCGCACAGUGCACAAAAGUAUCCAACUGUUUGAAGAGUCAAUAGCUAAACACCUCCAAACUUUAUGUGGCUUUCAGUUUAGCACAACAACAGUGUGUAGAGAGCUUCAUGGAAUGUGUUUCCAUGGCCCAGCAGCUGCAUCCAAGCCUUGCAUCACCAAGUGCAAUGCAAAGCAUCGAAUUCAGUGGUGUAAUGCGUACCGCCACGGGACUCUA